AUGUUUGGAGAGGAGCUGGAGGCGCGGGCAAUGAUGGCGCAGAGGCCACCCACCCACACCCACACAUCCCCCGGCCAGAAUCCCGGCCGUGUUCCCCCAAAUCCAGCGUCGUACCCGGCCAAGAACAGAGGUGCCAAUGCCUCGGAGGCCAAUGGGUCGGUGUGA